CCAUCGUUCUCAUCAUUACAAUCACUUUCUUUCUCUCUUCACAUAAUAGCCACUAAUUUUCCCCUUUCUCUCUCUGUUUCACCAAACCCUAACCCUAAUUUCGAUUCAAUCACCGCCAUGGCUAAGAAACGAAAGCUUCGAUCUUCUGACCCUGAACCCACCAAACAAGCUGAACCCGAACCACAACAAGAAGAAGUAGCCGAAGAAGAACCAACAACACAAGAAGAAGAAAACACACCGAUUGAAGAAGAUCAACCUCAAAACGAAGGUGAAGGUGAAGAAGAACCAGAAGAAGAGGUAGCAGAAGAAGAAGAGGAUGAUCAACAAGGAGAAGACGAAACCCUAGAAAACCAGCAACAACAAGAUGGCGGUGAAGCUUCAAACAACGCUGCCGUGUCGGAGCAGACUGUGACGGUGGAAGCUAACGGUGGUGGUGAAAACAAUAACGGAGAAGAAGAGGAAGAUCUUGAAUUGGAAGAUGAACCUGUUGAGAAGCUUCUAGAACCAUUCACGAAGGAGCAAUUACACGCGCUUGUGAAACAAGCGGUUGAGAAGUAUCCAGAUCUGUCUGAGAAUGUUCGUCAGCUGGCUGAUGUGGACCCCGCUCACCGGAAAAUCUUCGUUCACGGUCUUGGAUGGGAUGCUACCGCUGAAACGCUAACCACCACGUUUUCGAAGUACGGUGAAAUUGAGGAUUGUAAGGCUGUGACUGACAAGGCAUCUGGAAAAUCAAAGGGAUAUGCAUUUAUUUUGUUUAAGCAUCGGACUGGGUGUCGUCGUGCGUUGAAGCAGCCUCAGAAAGUGAUUGGGAAUAGGACUACAUCGUGUCAAUUGGCUUCCGCUGGACCUGUUCCGGCCCCACCACCGAAUGCGCCACCGGUGUCUGAGUAUACUCAAAGGAAGAUUUUUGUGAGUAAUGUGAGUUCUGAUAUUGAUCCUCAGAAGCUGCUUGAGUUUUUCAAGCAGUUUGGAGAGGUGGAUGAUGGCCCAUUGGGGUUGGAUAAGGCGACUGGGAAGCCGAAAGGUUUUGCGCUCUUUGUUUAUAAGACGGUAGAGAGUGCUAAGAAGGCGUUGGAAGAGCCGAAUAAGGUGUUUGAGGGGCAUACUUUGUAUUGUCAGAAGGCUGUUGAUGGUCCUAAGGGUUACAACAAGGGGGGUCAUUAUCAGCAGCAACAUCAUCAUCAGCCUCAUCAUUCGCAUCAUCACCAUCAUGGUGGUGGUGGUGGUCACUACAAUCCGAGGAAAGAAAAGAAGUAUUCACAUGGUGGUGGUGGCCCAUCACAUGGUGGUCACUUAAUGGCUCCUACUGGUCCUGCUGCUGGUGGUUACAAUGCGGGUGUGCCGCCUCAGGGAUUGAAUCCGGCACUUGGACAGGCUUUGUCCGCUUUGCUUGCUAAUCAAGGAGCUGGAUUGGGGCUUGGGAAUUUGCUUGGAGGUCUUGGUGGUGCGCCUGUGAAUCAAGCUGGUCCUCCUGCUGCGUAUGGCAAUCAGGCUGCUAUGGGAUAUGGCCAGCCUGGGUUGCAGCCACAGUACCAGAAUCCUCAGCUGGGGCAAAGCGGUGGUGUUAGACCUCAUCCUGGUCCCGGUGGCGCUCCUUACAUGGGUCACUAGGCUAAAAGUGGCCACACUUGGUGGGUGGUGAUGCUCUCACUGCAUGCAAGUGUACCCUGUUUGGAGUAGGGAAAUCAGAUGGAUGCGGUGUUGUCUACGUCUUUUGAGUUCACCAUGGGUAUGAUCUUUUCUUUAACUAUUGACUAUCUGGGAAAGUUUGGGAACUUGCCUUCUUUUAACUUACAGAAUCUCAAUUGAUUUUUAAAGAUAUUCUUCAACUAUCACCAAUUUGGGCUUAAUGAAUUUCACACAGAAUUUCAGUUUUAUUGUUUUUUGUGGAAGAAAACAACAUUGCCCAAUUUAUAUCUUUUUGGCUUUGAUGAAUUUGUUAUCUGAUAAACUGCGAGAGCCGUGUUUUUUAUUUUUUUUAAUUUAUAUAUAAAAAAACUGACUGCAAAAGAUAGUUAUUUUCUUCUGAAAUAUAUAUCCUACUUUUAUCUUAAAAAUACUAUUUUUGUACAAUGUCAACAUGGUUUUAAGUUGUAUAUAAGAAGGGUUAAUAUUUUAUCCCGGUAUUUAUAUUUGGGUCAGAUUGAAUGCAUAAUUAUCACCAUAUAUAUACGAACAUUUUGAAAUGCUGCUUACAUUUUUAUGUAAAAAUAGAGAUCAUCAUACAUUAGAGAUAUUGAUCAGACUGCUUGAGAAGGAUUCCAUCUUUGAUGCGGCGGUUGGCCGACAUGAAACUGUGCCUAGACCUUGAACGUUAAGAAGGUAAUAUUGGCAUGUCAUAUUUGAUUAAUCCACAGAGCUGACACAAAGAUAUGCUGCUGAAGAUUACAGAUAUUAUUUGGAUAGGUCAUUGUUUUGUAUUGGGUUCUUAUUUCUGCUGCUGUAUACUAAAUUUUGUAGUGUUAAUAUCAGUGGAAUAUGCUAUGUUCACAAAAAAAAAAAAAAAGGUAGGGAUAUACGAUAUAGAAUAUAUGGUUGAUUGUGGUUUGGCAUUAGUAGUGAUACAUACGCAUCCCCAUUUUUUUUUUUUUUUUGGGUACGGAGCGUAACCCCAACUUCUGUUUGAAACAGCAUUUCCCCA